GAAUAGAGAAGCCAUGAAUUCCGUAAUUUCAAAAACAACUCAAAGUCUUACCACUGCUGAGGACAUGAGGAACCAAACCAAACUUAUGAUGCAGCCCUAUGCCAACUGGGAAGAGUAUCUUACUCCAGCACCUCUAUCCAUAGCCAUCCUGGGAGAGCUGGUUUUCAUCUCGUCCUCAACAGAUUUCUCCAUCAAUAAAAAUUCCCCUAAAGACGGCUAUAAAUUCAUCAAAUACCCUGAUUCCUUUCGUGCUUGCCUCAUGCAAGUGUGUAACUCUGGUUGGUGGGCAUUUAAUGAGGCCCAUACGAGCAUGGAUCAGAUUCGCCUCCAUACUGCCCAAGUUCCAGAUUACAUGAAGACAGCUGUGAAGAUUCUGUUCCAAGGUGAUGAUGAAGUUGUCACAGCACAUCUUCCUGAUCAGCUGGAGAAUAUCAGAGUCAUUGCAGAUGAAUGUCUGCGGUUGUCUGAUGCAACUGAAAAGCGUUUCACUGAUGUCAUCAGUAUCAUCCAGGAGCUGCUAGAAGCUUGUGUGAAUGCAAAGCACUUCUAUGGGGAAGAGAUGGAAGCAAUCAAGAAGAAACUAGAAGAGGGCAAACUGAGGCAGCAGUCAGCUGAAGAAACCAAAAAAAGGACUGAGAAGGCAUUAGGUGCUAUGGAGAGGGAACUGGGUGAGGCUCAUGAAAGCUACAAGAAAGCUCUGGAUUCUCUCCCUAGCGGAUGGAACAUGGUUGGCAUGGAUAUAGUUAGUGGGAUAACACAGAGCAUAACAGGCCUGGUUAAUGGAGUUACAUCUCUUAUUACUCACCCAGUGAGAAAUGCAUGUUCUGCAGCAACAAAAAUCGCUGAUACUGUGAACAACAUUAGAGAUCAGGAAAGUGCAAGAGAUAUGGUUGCUGAAAUAAACGCAUAUAGUAAGUCCUCUGAAAUUUUAAAUUGGGUGCAGAAAAUCCAGCAGCUAAUGAACGUUGAUAGUGAGGAUGAUGACAUGGACAAAACAAACAAAAAACAAAAAAUGGAUUGGACAAAACUGUAUGAUCAGAAGAACAAAACUACAAACACGGAUUUUGUAGAGAAACAGUUCAAAAGAAUCAUUGAUGAUUUAAAGAAAAUCCCUGACUCCCCAGUAAAGAAACAAGCUAAAAUGUUAUGCAAAGAUGGCAUGGAAAUAUGCAAACAACUGGCAAAAUAUGCACCAGAUGGCAAAUGUGACAAAGAGAAAAGUGAGAAGAUAAUAGAUGAGGUCUUGGAAUUGGUCAAGUCGGCCCAUGUUUUUGAUUGCAAAAGUAAAGACGUCACAAAUUCUCCAGCCAUUUCUCCAACACCACCAAUGAUGCAAAAAGAAGCAAACAAGUCAGAGAACAAGAGUGCUUCACAGAAGGCCACAGAUAAUGCACGAUUCACCAUAGAGCAGACCCGAGCUCAGAUGAACAAGACUAGAGAGACCUAUGAGAAGUGUGUGGAGAACCUAGAGAAGAACCAGAAGGAACUAACUGAUAUCCUGGUCACUAUGAGAAACUGUGAACUGAAAGAGAUUGACUUCAAAACUACCAUAGAGAUGCUGGUCAAAGGAAUGGAUGCCAUGGGGAGAGUGAAAGAGCAGUGGGAGAAGAUGGUUCGCUUCUUUCAGAUGGUUUCUAACAUUAUAAAAACCAGCCUGAGCAAAACUCUCACAAACUUUGUCUCAACAUCAGAGAAAACACAAGCCCUCUCCUACAAUGCAAAGCUCUUCUCAAAAGAUCUGCUGUACACUCAAGCCUUCCAAGCCUGUAACAUUGCUGGUCUGGUCCAUAUGAUCUCUGGAACAUACACAGAUGUUUCCAACAAGUACCUGAUGGACCGUGUCAGUUCACUGGGCAAACUGAUGGCCAUGGAUAAGAGUAAGCCAGAAUUCGAGCAUGAGCGACAACAGCUCCAGAACUCAUGUGAUGAGGCACAAAAAGGCAUCUUAAGGCUUGUCCUGAAGAAUAAAGAGGAGUUUGACAGGAAGAGCACUGCAAGACUUGAAAGGAUCGAUCGAGAGCUACUUGCCAUUCUGCCCGCUGCUCCUCCAGAGCAAAUCAAGAGUAUUCAAGAGGCUGUUCAAGCUGGAUUUAGCGAGGAAGAAGAAGCAUCAUACUACUGAGAGAAUCUACCAAAUAUGUA